AUGUCUCAGGCUGUGAAGGCCCUAACGACCGCUGCAGGGAACCCAGGGCUGGAUGGCAAGAGGAAGGGGGCGCCACCUACAGGACCUGCCCCCGACCCCAGCCCUGCCCUGGUCCCAGCGUCAGUACCCAAGCCCACUGCCAAAGUGGCGGACCUGCCUGCUGGGAGCUACAGGCUGGUGGUCUUCGAGAAGGAGAAUUUCCAGGGGCGUCGGGUGGAAUUCUCCGGGGAAUGCUUGAACCUGAGAGACCGCGGCUUCGACCGAGCGCGCAGCCUCAUUGUUACCUCUGGACCCUGGGUCGCGUUUGAGCAGUCCAGCUUCCGGGGGGAGAUGUUCGUCCUGGAGAAAGGCGAGUACCCACGCUGGGACACCUGGUCCAGCAGUUACCGCAGUGACCGGCUCAUGUCCUUCCGGCCCAUCAGGAUGGAUUCUCAGGAGCAUAAGAUCUGCCUGUUUGCAGGCGCCAACUUCAAGGGCAACAGCUUGGAGAUCCAGGAGGAUGACAUGCCCAGUCUCUGGGUCUAUGGCUUCUGUGACCGCGUGGGCAGUGCGAGGGUCACCAGUGGAACCUGGGUCGGCUAUCAGUAUCCCGGCUACCGCGGGUACCAGUACCUCCUGGAGCCUGGUGACUUCCAGCACUGGAACGAGUGGGGGGCCUUCCAGCCACAAAUGCAGGCUGUGCGUCGCCUGCGUGACAGGCAGUGGCACCGUGAGGGCGGCUUCCCAGUGCUGGCCGCUGAGCCCCCCAAAUGAGUCCACGCUCCCCUUUUCUCCUUCCUCCCACCCCUUCCUCAGGCUCAGUGUCCCU